AUGACCUCCUUGGCAGUGUUACCCCCUCUCAAGAAGACUAUAACAGAUGUUAUGGAUGAUGACUUGUACCAGCCCGCCCCUGGUGGCAUGGCUGGCUCUUCGCCAUCGUUGAAUCCCGCUCAGAAUCCAUCCUCCGCUGCACAGACCUUGUCAAACUUGCUCAAUAUCCCUGAGUCGUUUGUCGAGCACUACAACCGUGUCAACGGCUCCAGCUCACAGGUGAAUUCCACGAUCCCCAACCUUCUCCUUGACUCCAACGACUACUCCAAAUACGACACCGAUGCAUUGAACCAGAACGCUGCUAGCGAUGACCUACUACCCGACAGCAACGCUCAGUUAUACCCAUCCCCAUCCCAGCAGCAUUUCGUCAGACCAGAGGUUCUCCAGAGAAACACCUUCCCCGCUAGAAGGAGACGCAUCACAACGCUAGAGCAGCCUGAUGUUGGAAACGUCAAGAAGUACAACGACGAAGAUUUCUACUUGUUUAACACUGACAUUCAGCCAUCUUCAUUGAUGACUAAUAACAGCUCAUUUUACCCUAACUGCACUGACGACUCAUUUUUCAUCAUGGACAGCGACCUAGAUAAGUCAUCUCAUCUAGGCACUGGCCCUGCAAGUGUUCCAGUUCCUGGAUUCGAAAGUGAUUACGUGAUGAUGGACAACCUCGCCGAGGAGUCCGACUUCAGUGAUGACUCCGAUGACGAGGAUGAUGACAACUACUUCCAGGAUGAUGAUUUUGAUGACAUGAUGGAAUCUGCAGCUGAACCCCAGUUGCAGUUCCCAUCCCCAGCUGGCUUUGCUCCAUUCCGCUCGCCUCUCGAGGAACCUUCCCAGGCUCCUCAGGUAGGUGGCUUUAUGGAGACGCUACAGAGAGCUCCAACUUCUGAUAGCAUGGAUUACGGCAGCGAGCAGGAGAUUGCAUUUAAGGCAGACAACGAAAACGUCAUGGUUGAGGACCUUCACGGCAACCACAAUCAUGUUGAUUUAUUCAAGAGGGAAGACGAGCCCAGGUCCAUGCCCCAGCAGCCAUUCACAGAUCACCAUAUCACAGCAGCAGAGAUAACCGCCAACAACCCAACGCAUGAAUGUACUAUGAUCAAUCCAUCUACUGGAACGCCUUGUCACAAGCACUUCAGUCGACCAUACGAUUUGAUCAGACAUCAGGAGACCAUACAUGCGGCAAAGAAGAAGAUAUUCCGUUGUGUGAUUUGCGAAGGACGCGAGCAUGGAGGAGCAGGUAAUGGCAAGUCGAAGACAUUCUCUAGAGGCGACGCCUUGUCGAGGCACAUAAAGGUUAAGCACGGAAUCAGCGGCAGGGACGCGGCUGACUUGAUCAACAGCGCCAAGGAGAAUGUUGAGUACCUCAGUGUGUGCUAA